UCCGCUGCGAUGCGUUAUGAUGCUGUCGAGCAGUUGACCGGCAGCAACUUUCCUCGUUGGAAGAACUCCAUUGAGCUAUGUUUGGCUUUCAACGAGUUUGAUUAUGCCUUAAGGGAGGAUAAGCCCGUGGUGCCAGUUGCUGGUGCUACGGGGUAUGAUGAACUAAAGAAAACUUAUGACUCCAAGAUGGAGAAGUGGGACAAAUCCAAUCACGUUGCAAUGCUCGUGAUGAAUUCUUCCAUUUCACCUGAGAUUAUUGGGGCUCUCCCCAAGAAAGAUACUGCUAAGGAAUUUAUGGAAGCCUUGGAGGAGCAAUUCAAAGGCUCUGAAAAGGUUUAUGCUCAUGAGCUUUUUCACAAGCUACUUGGCAAGUAUAAAAAUGAUGGUGAUGUUAGGGGACACAUACUGAGAAUGAUAAAUGCUUCAAAUAAACUGAAGCACCUAAAGUGUGAGCUCAGUGACAACCUCCUUAUCAUCAUGAUCUUGGAGUCCCUCCCUGAAGAGUUCGAUCAGUUCAAGAUCAACUACAAUUCCAUGAAGGAGAAGUGGACACUUGCUGAGAUAUCCCCUCGGAUUGUCCAGGAAGAAGAAAGAAUGAUGAGGCAGAACAAGGAUCAGGCUUUUCAUGUUGGCUCCUCAAAGAGAAAGCAUGACGGGUCAGGCCCUUCAAAAUCGCCAAAGAAAACCUUCAAGAAGGAAAUACCAAAGUUUAAAGGAAAGGAAAAGGAUAAUGGACAGUCUUCAGCGCCUACUGAUAAUGUGUGUUUCUUUUGUAAGAAGGAAGGCCAUUACAGGAAGGACUGUCAUGAAUACCUCAAGUGGAUGAUGAAGAAAGGGAUUAAAUUUGAUCCAAACCAUAACAAGCGGGGCAAGACGACUUAGAGUUGCAAAUGGAGUUGAAGUUGAUGUUGAAGCUGUUGGGUCACUCACCUUGGAGCUCCACACCGGCUUUCACCUUCAUUUAAAUAAUGUUCUUUAUGUACCUACUUUAAGUAGGAAUUUGAUUUCAGUUUCUUGUCUCGAUGAUAACAUGUUUGAGUGCAAGUUUGGUAACAAACAAUUUGUUUUAAAUUAUUGUAAUAAUG